CCCUCUCAACUCCCCAUGAGCAGUCGGCAGACAGAUAAAAAUACGCAACUCCGAUCUGUCCCUCCGCUCUGGAUCAGGAGCCGCUCUGUCACUCAUAAAAAAGAUAAAGGUGCGGUGUCUGUCACUUCGGAAUACGCCUCAAACUGCAGAUUUCCAAUGGCAACUGCCUUCCAGGAUUCACAUGCUGUCAAUUUGCUUCUGUUGCUUCCCAUCCUGACUGCAUCAUUUGCCACUCAAGAUGACCUUGUAAUCAGCACCACAUAUGGGAAAGUUCAAGGGAAGCUAUUGUCGGUGCCAAAUGGUGAAGUUCGAGCAUUUCUUGGAAUUCCAUAUGCAAAGCCGCCUCUUGGAACACUGAGAUUCCGUGCUCCAGAGCCUGUAGAGAAAUGGGAAGGUGUGAAAGAGGCCAAGAAAUUACCCAAUUCUUGCUACCAGUUACCAGAUACCACCUAUCCAGGGUUCAAAGGUGCAGAGAUGUGGAAUCCAAACACCCCUAUGAGUGAGGAUUGUCUGUACCUAAAUGUUUGGUCACCUAAUUUCAACAAAACCAAGUCGCCAACUCUUGCUCCUGUACUGGUUUGGAUAUAUGGUGGUGGCUUUGUCACAGGAACGUCCUCCCUGGAUCUCUACCAAGCCCACUUCCUGAGUAAAGCUGAGGGUGUUGUUGUGGUAUCAAUGAAUUAUAGAGUGGGAGCAUUUGGCUUUCUGUCUCUUCCUGACAACAAACACAUCCAUGGAAAUGCAGGUCUACUGGAUCAGCGUUUGGCACUCAAAUGGGUAGCCAAUAACAUUGCUGCAUUUGGAGGUGAUCCUUCCAAGGUGACAAUAUUUGGGGAGAGUGCUGGGUCAGCAUCUGUGGGGUUUCACCUGCUCUCUCCAGGCAGCCAUAGCCUCUUUCAAAGGGCUGUGAUGCAGAGUGGCUCCCCUAAUGCACCAUGGGCCACAAUAAGCCAGAGUGAAGUCUGGGACAGGUCCUUAAUGCUAGCAAAAGUGCUGGACUGCCCUACGCAUCAUUCUGCUCAUCUGGAAACUUGUCUGCAGCAGGCUGAGCCUCAAAAGAUCUCAGUCAAACAAUAUGAAGUUAUUUUACAGCCUUCAGUAUUUUCCUUUCCUUUUGUCCCUAAUGUUGAUGGGAACUUCUUACCUGCUGAAGUUGAAGUGAUGCUUAAUGGCAGUAACCUUCCCAAAAAAGAACUGAUGAUAGGCUUGAAUAAAGAUGAAGGGACCUACUUUCUUCCCUAUGGAAUGCCUGGGUUCAGCAACACUGGUCAGAGUCUCAUCAGCAGAAAUGACUUUCUGAAAGGUGUGCCACUAGCAAUGACUGAUGCAAGUCUUGUUGCUAGAGAAGCAGCUAUUUUUCACUACACUGAUUGGACUGAUGAGAACAAUGGGAUGAAAAACCGGGCCUCACUUGGUAGUUUAGUUGGAGAUCAGCAUUUUUUUUGUCCUACACUGGACUUUGCUCACAGGUACUCACAAGGUGGAGGUAAGACCUUUCUAUAUUUCUUUGACCACAUGUCAUCCAUUAAUCCCUGGCCAGUCUGGAUGGGCGUAAUGCAUGGCUACGAGAUAGAAUUUGUCUUUGGAAUGCCUCUGGAUGCUUCCCUUGGAUACACGAACAAUGAACGAAACAUGACCAAAAAGUUUAUGAAGCACUGGGCUAACUUUGCCCGCACUGGGAAUCCAGGGAUUGAUGGGUCUGCUUGGCCAGUAUUUACCGCCGAACGUCAGGAGUACAUCACUUUGAACUACAAUCAUCCAGAACAAAAGAGCAUGAUGAGAGCUAAAGAAUGUCAUCUCUGGAAGAAAUUGCUGCCUCGAAUUCAGAAGACCUCAGAUGAGCUGCAGUCAUGUAACGCAAGUGGGAUUAUCAUCCGCUGUAGUUGGCUAUUCAUUAUUUUAUUAGCUAUAAGUUUGUUGAUGUAAAAGGUGGUUACCAGUUGCUCUUAUAUCUGACAAAUGUUAUCAGACCACCACCUGAAGCCAAUAGCUUGUUUUUCAAAUCAGUUCUGGCUUACUACCAUUGUAAGAUCCACCUAUUUAAUUAUCCACAGAUAUAAAACAGAAGUAACUUACUGCUUACACAAAGCAAGCUUACAUUUCUGAAUUAGCUGGAUACAAACAGUAUUGUUAGUAAUACUUACUAUGUAGCUACAAUAGUUGCUUGGGUGAAUAAGUAAAAAAGUCCCCUUAUAUUUGAGUUCUGUAGUUCCACUUAAGGGCUCAGCUGAAACAUGUUUUAAAAAAGGCCUAUAUUUAUGUGGAUGCAAAAAAAAAUUUUUACACUGAUUGAGUUACUUACUAUACUAAUUAGCAAUGACCAUUGAAUGAAAACUAAAUAUGUUAAUGUAUGGUUGUAAAAUGGUAGGUUAUUAUUAAAACAAGUUUAUUCUG